AUGAUGGACAUGGUCUGGGUUCCCGACGUUUACUUCAGGAACGAGAAGAAAGGGAGAUUUCAUGACGUCACCGUGCCGAAUAAAUAUAUGCACUUGUACCAGCAUGGAGAGGUGCAUUACAGUAUGCGGUUAUCGUUAACCCUGAGCUGUAGAAUGCUGCUGCAGAAAUAUCCCCUAGACACACAGAAGUGUCCUAUGUUGAUACAGAGCUAUACAUACACCACUGAUAAUGUGAUGUUCUCCUGGCAGCAAAAUACUCUGCCUAUAACACAUGACGCGGAACUGGCACUCAACACCGAACUCCCUCAAUUUUCUAUAGUAGAAAAUACAACAGACCAAUGCAAUGGUACUAUGGAUGUUGAAACUCCGAAAUUUGCCUGCAUCAAAGCCUACUUCACACUGAAGCGCGACAUCGGCUACUACAUCAUUCAGGUGUACGUACCCAGCAUUCUCAUCGUAGCCCUCUCUUGGGUCUCAUUCUGGCUGGAUCUGGAGGCCAUUCCCGCACGUGUGUCUUUGGGUGUUCUAACAGUACUCACGCUGAACACACACGGCUCGCACAUCCAGUCACAACUACCCAAGGUAUCCUACAUUAAAGCCAUCGACGUGUGGAUAGUCAGUAGCUUAAUAUUCGUCUUCGCUGCCUUGCUGGAGUUUGCAUAUGUGAAUGUGCUCACAAGGCGUGGCGAUAAAGAGAUCAUGUCUACACAAAUAUUUAGAAUACCAAUAGAAGGGAAGAUAACAUCACAGGCAAACGGAAAACCGCCAAGGCAAGUGACAAUUGGUGGUCCCUCCCGGUCUAGGAUGAGAGCAAGAAGGGUGGACAAGAUCUCAAGAAUUCUAUUUCCUUCUUCUUUCCUCGUGUUCAACAUGGCCUAUUGGGUGUUUUACACCCAGUAUUAG